CCAACAGUCUCGAGUCGACCGUAGAGACAGAAGAAGGAGACGACGUCAUUGUUUUGGUCGGCUGGUUCUGCUGCAGACUGAAUGAAGAGGAAACAUUUUUCAACAUCUGAUUUGAUAGUUUAAAUAACCAGAUCAGUCACCAUGACAACCAAGCGCGGACUGAUAACUGAUUCAUUCAAGGUGGUGAAGAAAGCGAGGAGGGUGAAACGAGAGAAGAGGCCUUCUCCUCCUCCUCCGCCACAGCAAGAGGCUGACACUGAAACGGUCCGAGAGGAGGAGCUGCAGAGGCUCAGGCACUUCGACCUGGACUGGAGAUUCGGGCCCUGCACAGGGAUCAGCAGGUUGCAGAGAUGGGAGAGAGCAAAGCUGAAUGGUCUGAGCCCACCCAAGGAGAUCAGAGACCUGCUGCUGCAAACACACACUGACCCCGAGUACAACCGGAGCCUGUGGAGCGAAUACCCUUUGUGAGGAAGACAUUGUAAGAAAGAGAAAAGAACGCAGAUUCCAACAAAAGUCAAAUUUAUAUCACCUCAAAUCACACAUAUGUCUCUGAGGGAUUUACCUUCUAUCCUUAAGCCCCAAAAAAGAUUUCACAGGGGAAAGAUAUUUCAACCUGGACCCUAUUUUCCUAUGAUUUUGUGUCUAAGUGACUGAUGGGAACAACAAUCUUUGACAUUGGUCCAGUAUUAAGAGAGACCGCUGCACCUUCAAUUUACAUCCACUAAAAGUGCUUGUUUUGCCACCAACAUGCUCAGAUUAUUAUUCUAAGUGUCUGACAACAUUAUGAAAGUAUCCCUACAGAGAAAGACCUUUUUGUUAAGGGUAAGAUCCUUUCAGUUUAACAUGAACCAGCCCCUAAAUUGCCAGACUCCAUUCAAAUAAACAGUCAUUUUAUCAUUGUGAAACACAAUGAAUUCAAAGUCGACAAAAACAAAAUGAAACAAUCAAAAGCUGUCUAAGUCUGUCUCUCUUGCUCUGGUUUGGUUGAAAUAAACCUUUAAUUCACCCAUUUACAUGUGAAAAUAUGCUGGCUCUAUACUCGCUAAAAGUACUGAUUAUUUACAUGGAGUCUGGUGGGUUUUGGGAUGGUGCUUUAGGGGCCGUUUCUGGUUAAACAAAAAGAAUUUCACGCUUCCAGGUCCUAGGGUCCAGGUUGAAAAAUACUGAAAUGACCCUUUAAAUGGUAAGAAGAGCAACGGAGGAGGAAUCCCUCUUUCAGAAUGGAGACAGAAGAAUGACAGAACAUCCAGUUGUGUUUUUUUCUUGCAGAUGUACAACCUUGUCUUCUACACACAGUUUGUAUUAAAAAAGAUUUAAUAAAAAAGAAUUUGACCGAA